AUUUUUCUUCUCCGGCCCCAUGGAGGAAGUGAGAAAGUUGGCACAGUCACCCGGAGCUUCGCAGGACCCGGUCACUCAGUGACAGAUGGACAAUGCAAGAAUGAGCUCCUUUCUGGAAUACCCCAUCCUUGGCAGUGGCGACUCCGGGACCUGCUCAGCGCGAGCCUACUCCUCGGAUCAUGGGAUUACAACUUUCCAAUCCUGCGCAGUCAGUGCCAACAGCUGCGGCGGCGACGACCGCUUCUUAGUGGGCAGAGGGGUGCAGAUCAGCUCGCCCCACCACCACCACCACCACCACCACCACCAUCACCACCCCCAGCCGGCCACUUACCAGACUUCUGGGAACCUGGGGGUGUCCUACUCGCACACGAGUUGUGGUCCAAGCUACAGCGCGCAGAAUUUCGGUGCGCCUUACAGCCCCUACGGGUUAAAUCAGGAAGCAGAUGUAAAUGGUGGGUACCCCCCGUGCGCUCCCGCUGUUUACUCUGGAAAUCUGUCAUCUCCCAUGGUCCAGCAUCAUCACCACCACCAGGGUUAUGCUGGGGGCGCGGUGGGCUCGCCUCAGUAUAUUCACCACUCAUAUGGACAAGAGCACCAGAGCCUGGCCCUGGCCACGUAUAAUAACUCCCUGUCCCCUCUCCACGCCAGCCACCAAGAAGCCUGUCGCUCCCCUGCGUCAGAGUCCUCUUCUCCAGCGCAGACCUUUGACUGGAUGAAAGUCAAAAGAAACCCUCCCAAAACAGGGAAAGUUGGAGAGUACGGCUAUGUGGGUCAAGCCAACGCAGUGCGCACUAACUUCACCACUAAGCAGCUCACAGAGCUGGAAAAGGAAUUCCACUUCAACAAGUACCUGACCCGAGCUCGCAGGGUAGAGAUCGCUGCGUCCCUGCAGCUCAACGAGACCCAGGUGAAGAUCUGGUUCCAGAACCGCCGAAUGAAACAGAAGAAACGUGAGAAGGAGGGGCUCUUGCCCAUCUCUCCGGCCACCCCGCCCGGAAGCGACGAAAAGGCUGAGGAAUCUUCAGAGAAGUCCAGCUCCUCGCCCUGCGUUCCUUCUCCGGGGUCUUCUACCUCAGACACUCUGACUACCUCCCACUGAGGCCGACCUAGCCCCAGACUCAGCAGCCCAGGCUUCUCCCUGGGUUGGGAUUUCUUACCCAAAGCACAUUCUUACCUUCCUUUUCCAUUUUCAGUUUCUUUCCUUUCUGACCCUAUCUUGGAGGCUCCUGGCCAGGGUAAUGUGUUUCCAGAGAAUUCUAGAGACUUGGUUGUACAUUAUUAACUCCUUAAUCUACAUUAGGUGCCAAUAUCAAUUUCUGAUGGUCCCUAAUAUCUCUGAUUUUAGGUUUUUCACACAACAGACUGUUCCUUUCAGGCGUCCUUUGGAAAAAGAGUUCCCUUUGCUAGCAGAAACACGUCAGAGGGAAGCAUCUCACCUUCUAUCUAACUGUAUAUUUACAAUUCUCCUCUACUGUUCCCUUAAAAGUAGGAUGUAGAGAAAGGCAAGUCCAGGAGCUCACAGAAGAGAGAUGCACUAUGAGUGUGUUUACACAAUUAAUUCAUCCCUUAAUUUAAUUGUUUUGUGUUGUGUGUGUGUGUGUGUGUGUGUGUGUUUGCUGGAUGUAAAUACUUUGUCCUGAGAGAUUUAUCUUUAUACAGAUUUUCUAGAAAUGUUUAGAUAAGGUGAUUACAUCAGACAGGGUGGGCAAACUCAAAAUUGGUACAAUUUUAUAUGUGAUUAUGGGAGAAAGAAUGAAGUCUCUCACCUAAUCCCAAUUAGAUGCCUCAGAGGGUGCCUCAAGUUGUUCUUUCAGUGAGUUAAGAAGACCUACAAAGCACAAGGUUCAGAACCCUGGUUUCCUGUGCUAAGUCUCUUCCCCAUCUCUCUUUCUUCUUGUUCUUUGGCCGCCCUCCACUUAAAAUUUGUGCUGGAUUAUUCAGAACCAAAAGGUAUUAUUCAAAUCAACUCCCCCCCACACACACAGUUAUCUUAGCUGGAUAUGAUAUACUUUCAGUACAAUUGUUAAUAUGAUGGAUGGCACAAUGAAUGUAUAUUUUGUGUGAUUCGUGAAUAGUCUUUUGCAUGUCGCACAAUGUUUUGAUGUCCCUGAAGUACCACACUGAGUUCUAUCAGUUAUCCUUUGUGAACUUAUGAUAUUCCCCAUUUCCUGUACAAUCAUGAACAGCUCUGAGAUCCUGGAAUGAUGUGAUCCAGAGCAGAGUUUACGGGUCUUAAGAUGUCUGUAAUAAAUAUAU